UUUGUUUCCUAUUUUGGUCAGCUGUUCACACUCGUUUUCUUCUUUGCGACUUCGCGACCUAGCCCCUUCACCUUCGAGUCGUCCUCUGUGGGGGUGGUCUCGAUUGGUCUGUGGUUUGUAUAUUAGCAUGUUUUUGGAUCAUCAUGGCUUCUCUGUGGAGGGUUUCCAGCAACCUAUUGUCUAGGUUAGGUGGCAAGCACGCAUUGGCCACAAGCAUCAGAUGUGUUUCCACUUCUACUGACAAGAAGGACAUCAUUGAUGCUAAUGUGACAACAGGACCGAUUCAGGAGCCUCACAGGGUAACCCUGAGCCCUGAGGCUAAGCAAAAGCUCAGGGGAGAGGUCAAAACUGAUCAAUGGCAGAGCUUUGGAUGGAGCAUUGAGAGUGAAACAGAAGACAGGAGACUGAUGCACUACGUGUUCUUCUGCACCGUCAGCUGUGGAAUCGUCCUGGGCAGCCUGAUUUGGGCAUACCUACCAGACGCCAGGGGUCUGGACUGGGCGCACCGGGAGGCGUACCUGCAGCUGCACCUUCGCGAGUCCGAGGGCCGGCCACUGCUCGACCCGAACCUGAUCGACCCGGCGCUCAUCGAGCUCCCCUCGGACGAGGAGCUCGGCGACACCAAGAUCAUCAUCUAGACGGCGCCGCUGGUGCGGUGUCAUGUAUAUAGCGCAGAGUGGUGUGGAACCAGGACUGGGAGGGCGCCAGACGGGUGUCCUCCAAAUAUACGACGGUAGUGUGUCAACCCCGGGUGUGCGACGGAGAAAUCGGCGCAAUCAUGUGAGGGUAAAACGCUGCAAAUAAACCUGUCCCCGUACUGCC